AAGCCACACCCCUCUCCUCGUCCGGCAGGGGCGCAGCCAUUUUAAUUCAUAUCUGAGUGGGCGGUGGCGAUUCGCGUUGGCUGUCUGGCUCCGCCGGGCCGGGGGUAACUUUACUGGUUUGGGGUGGUUUUUAGUUUAAUUUUUCUUUUCUAGCUUCGCAUCGCGGGCCAGCUCUCCCUUUCUAGUCAGCUGAGGCCAUGUCAGGAGACGGAGCCCCGGAGCAGGCAGCUGAGUAUGUCCCAGAGAAGGUGAAGAAAGCCGAAAAGAAAUUAGAAGAGAAUCCAUAUGACCUUGACGCUUGGAGCAUUCUCAUUCGAGAGGCACAGGUUUAGUGAUAUAGGAUUACAUUUCCUUCUCUAUGGGUCCAAUCACACUACUUGGUUCUGCAGUAAAUAAUAUUUCAUAAUCCUAACAUUGUAAAUGCUGUUUAUUGGUUUUCAAUUUUAGAAUCAACCUAUAGACAAAGCACGGAAGACUUAUGAACGCCUUGUUGCCCAGUUCCCCAGUUCUGGCAGAUUCUGGAAACUAUACAUUGAAGCAGAGAAUCCACAGAAAUUUCAACAAAAUUGUGAAUAUUUGGUUUGAAUACAACUUGUUGAGAAACAAAACGGCUUUUCUAAGUCUCAGGGAAGCAUAACCUGGGUAUCAAAGAUUGAAACUUCGUUUUGAGGAGAACCCUGGAACUAAUAGCCUGAUGUCUUAUAAAUAUUUUUGGAAUACAUAAAGACUGGAUAAAAAUAAAGCACAAGAGCUGGUUUCCAAACAUCUUUUUUUGAUAAAAGCUAAAAAUUAUGACAAGGUUGAAAAGCUAUUUCAGAGAUGCCUUAUGAAGGUUUUGCACAUUGAUUUAUGGAAGUGUUACCUUUCAUAUGUUCGAGAAACCAAGGGUAAACUGCCAAGUUACAAAGAAAAAAUGGCUCAAGCAUAUGACUUUGCACUAGAUAAAAUUGGAAUGGAAAUUAUGUCUUAUCAGAUUUGGGUGGAUUACAUCAAUUUCUUAAAAGGCGUGGAAGCUGUUGGAUCUUAUGCAGAAAAUCAGAGAAUAACAGCUGUCCGAAGAGUUUAUCAACGAGGUUGUGUUAAUCCAAUGAUCAACAUUGAACAGCUCUGGAGAGACUAUAACAAGUAUGAAGAGGGUAUCAAUAUUCAUUUAGCUAAAAAAAUGAUUGAGGAUCGGAGUCGAGAUUACAUGAAUGCUAGGCGUGUAGCAAAGGAAUAUGAGACAGUAAUGAAAGGUUUGGACCGCAAUGCUCCGUCAGUGCCUCCUCAGAAUACUCCCCAAGAAGCCCAGCAGGUGGAUAUGUGGAAGAAAUACAUACAGUGGGAAAAGAGCAACCCUCUUCGUACAGAAGAUCAGACUCUUAUCACAAAAAGAGUUAUGUUUGCUUAUGAACAGUGCCUGCUUGUAUUGGGCCAUCACCCUGAUAUUUGGUAUGAAGCUGCCCAGUAUCUUGAGCAGUCAAGUAAACUGCUUGCGGAAAAAGGGGAUAUGAAUAAUGCCAAACUAUUUAGUGAUGAAGCUGCUAAUAUAUAUGAAAGAGCCAUAAGCACUUUAUUAAAGAAGAAUAUGCUUCUUUAUUUUGCAUAUGCAGAUUAUGAAGAGAGUCGCAUGAAGUAUGAGAAAGUUCACAGUAUAUAUAACAGACUUCUGGCAAUUGAGGAUAUUGACCCUACCUUGGUAUAUAUCCAAUAUAUGAAAUUUGCAAGAAGAGCAGAAGGUAUCAAAUCUGGAAGAAUGAUAUUUAAAAAAGCGAGAGAAGAUACCAGAACCCGCCACCAUGUCUAUGUUACUGCAGCACUCAUGGAGUAUUAUUGUAGUAAGGACAAAUCGGUUGCCUUUAAGAUUUUUGAGCUGGGUCUAAAGAAAUAUGGAGACAUUCCAGAAUAUGUCUUGGCCUAUAUUGACUAUCUUUCUCACCUCAAUGAGGACAAUAAUACCCGAGUUUUGUUUGAACGAGUCUUAACCUCUGGAAGCCUUCCUCCUGAGAAGUCUGGAGAAAUCUGGGCUCGAUUUCUAGCUUUCGAAAGUAAUAUUGGUGAUCUAGCUAGCAUACUCAAAGUGGAGAAAAGACGGUUUACAGCAUUCAAAGAAGAGUAUGAAGGCAAAGAAACAGCUUUACUGGUGGACAGAUACAAGUUCAUGGACUUAUAUCCUUGCUCUGCAAGUGAACUAAAAGCGCUUGGUUAUAAGGAUGUCUCCCGUGCUAAGCUAGCAGCUAUAAUUCCAGACCCAGUUGUAGCUCCUUCUAUAGUGCCUGUUCUGAAAGAUGAAGUGGAUAGAAAACCAGAAUACCCUAAACCAGACACUCAGCAGAUGAUUCCAUUUCAGCCACGACAUUUAGCACCGCCAGGCCUACACCCGGUUCCCGGGGGCGUGUUCCCAGUGCCACCUGCGGCCGUUGUCUUAAUGAAACUUCUCCCGCCUCCCAUCUGUUUCCAGGGUCCUUUUGUGCAAGUGGAUGAACUGAUGGAAAUUUUCCGAAGAUGCAAGAUACCAAAUACUGUGGAGGAGGCUGUGAGGAUCAUUACGGGCGGCGCCCCGGAGCUGGCCGUGGAGGGGAACGGCCCGGUGGAGAGCAACGCGGUACUCACCAAGGCGGUCAAGAGGCCCAACGAGGACUCAGAUGAAGAUGAAGAAAAGGGAGCUGUCGUCCCCCCUGUUCACGACAUCUACAGAGCGCGGCAGCAGAAGCGGAUUCGGUGAGGCGGGCUCCCCCGGCUGCCUCCGGAAGAGAACUUCUCCAGGGUUCCCCUUUUGCCUCUUAAGUCGUAUGUUUAAAAGAGACAAUGCUUUGUUACAAGGUUCUUGGAAACAAAGUUGUAUUGUCAUUGGUGCCUCUAUCAUAUGGUUCUUGAGAAAAAAACAAACCAACCUGUGUGAAUUUUAGAAAAUGGAACAGACCUAUGCUCUAAGCAAAACUAGGUUUUCAAAAAUGUGAGAACAGCACAAAAUGGCAGAACCACCUUUGUUCCCUCUUCAAGGGUGUCUUGUAUGUGCCGCUUGAAGAUUUGUGAGUUUUCAACAGUUUUAUUUUAAAAACUGGAUGGCUUAUGAUUGUAAAGCAUUUUAUCACAUUUUCUGAAAACAGUUCUCAGUUUGCCUAUGUAGAGUCCUGCCUUAUUGUUUGUUUUUAUUUAUGGCAGAAUGUAUGGAAUCGGUUUUGUAGUUUAAAAUUUUAAAACAGUCCUUUAAAAAAAUAAAAGGAUCUCAAAAAUGU